CGGUACGGUCCAGGCGCCCCCAACCCUUUCGUCGAAUUCUGCUGUUGUGUGGAGACGAGGAGGGGAUCAUUAGAUCUGUGUGCUCAUUCCCCACACUGCACCUUUCUUGAGCCGCCGCUUGCUUGUUCCAUAGAAUUCCGCUGGCUAGACGCUAGUGUAUUUUGCGAGGAUUGUUUGUGAGGCUGGUUGCGAACCAGUUCGCUGAGAGACUGCCGACAGUGUGAGGUUUUAGUACCAUGGUGAUGGCGCGCGCAGUGGUGGCGGGGUCCGUUAACACAUCGGCUGGGGCCGUGCUGGCCACAAGGAGUGGUGACCAGGGGAGUUUGAGCGCUAGCUGUAAGAGUGUGGUGGUGCGAAGCAGGAGUCUAGUGUCGCAGAGUAGAGUAGUCGCUGUGAGAGCCUCUGGUCAGGAGUUCGCGACGAAGACAUUAUCGGGAGUGGUGUUUGAGCCCUUCAGUGAGGUGCAGGAUCAGCUUGUGAAAGUUACUACAUCGCCGCAGUUGGAGUCGUUGGCUCGCCAGCGGUUCGCCCCUUCUUGUGAGGCUGCCAUCAAUGACCAGAUCAAUGUGGAAUACAACGUUUCAUACGUCUACCAUGCUCUUUAUGCCUACUUCGAUCGUGACAAUGUAGGACUUCCAGGCUUUGCGCAGUAUUUCAAACAUGCGAGUGACGAAGAACGUGAACAUGCUGAGAAAUUGAUGAGAUACCAGAACCAACGCGGAGGAAAAGUCAAGUUGCAAUCAAUUGUCAUGCCUUUGAUGGAGUUUGACCAUCAUGAGAAGGGAGAUGCUCUUUAUGCUAUGGAGUUAGCACUUGCGCUGGAGAAAUUAACGAACGAGAAGCUUUUUCAGUUGCAUCAGGCUGCCGCUGAUGCCAAUGAUCAUCAAAUGACCGAGUUUAUUGAAAGAGAGUUCCUCACAGAGCAGGUCGAAGCAAUUAAGAAGGUGUCAGAAUAUGUCUCUCAGCUACGAAGAGUUGGGCAAGGACACGGUGUUUACCACUUCGAUUUACAACUUCAGGAAGCAUAACAGCCUGCUGUAGUGGCUUAAAAACUAGUCCUGUUAAUAGUACUUUUGGUGGUUAUAGUGAUAGUGGAAUCAAAUAUAAGGACUGUGCCUUACGUUUUGGGAUUAGAGGGCGUGCCUUCAGUUUCUUUUCGCCUUGGUGCUAAAUUUGAAUGAGGAUCUAAAAUUUUGCGCUCAAGUUUUUCCGAGGUUAGGUGAAUCCAAGAGCUUUUGUAUUGGCGCGCACUGAUGUUACAAUAUAUUCAAGUGGGCUUGAAGCCCAGAUUGCGGUUCUAUAGUCAAAUAUAAUCUAAAUUAUAGGACAUGGAUUAACAGA